AUGAUCAUUCAGUCCAAUGUCCUACACAACAAUUUUCUCUGGGAGAAAAAAACAAAAAAAAAGAAGCAUUUUGGGUUGCUUGGUCCUGUUCAUUGUAUCUUUCAUUCUGAAGGUGUACGAAUGCUGGACGGAGACGUGACAGACAUGGUAGAAGCAAAGUCUCUAAGCCUUAAUCCCCAGCACAUCCACAUCUACAGUGCCAGCUGGGGGCCUGAUGACGACGGUAAGACUGUGGACGGACCUGCUUCUCUGGCACGUCAGGCCUUUGAGAACGGCAUCAGAAUGGGAAGAAGAGGCUUAGGUUCAGUCUUUGUUUGGGCAUCUGGAAAUGGUGGAAGAAGUCGAGACCACUGCUCCUGUGAUGGCUACACCAAUAGCAUCUACACUAUCUCCAUAAGCAGCACAGCUGAAAGUGGAAAGAAGCCAUGGUAUCUGGAAGAAUGUGCAUCCACACUAGCUACAACAUACAGCAGUGGGGAAUCCUACGACAGGAAAAUAAUCACCACAGACCUGAGGCAGCGUUGCACAGACAGCCAUACUGGAACCUCAGCCUCUGCACCUAUGGCUGCAGGCAUCAUUGCACUGGCACUGGAAGCAAACCCGUUUCUGACCUGGAGAGACAUACAGCAUAUUAUUGUCAGGACUUCACGUGCAGGACAUCUGAAUGCUAACGACUGGAAAACCAAUGCGGCUGGUUAUAAGGUUGUUGCCCAAGAGAGGCAAACACCUUGUAAGCCAGCAUUUAUCUUUCCUCCGGAUCUUAUUGCCUGGAAGUCUCAAAAAGAAAGACUUGAACACUCAUUUUGGGAUGUUCUCUGGUUAGCCAGUUGUACACAUAACUUGUCACUAGAUAAAGAG